UGUCAGCCCCCGCCCCUCCCUGAGGGAGCCCCAAAUUCCCCGGAAGCAGGGACUUCCCAGGGCUCUUUUCCUCGGCAGGGGGCUGGUGCUUUCCAGGGGAAUGGGUGCUAGGGGUGGGCGUGGGGCUGGAUAGCUGAGCGCCCACUUCUGGGGGGGGCUCCAGCACCAUUUCUGGGGGAGGGCUCCUGUCUCAGACGGUGGCCCACACCUCUGGGGAGCUGCCCCCCACUCCUGCCUUCUCCCAGGGGCCUGGAGCUGCGGGACAUCCACUGCUGCCAUUCCCUCCUGCAGACCCAGCCCCCGGCCCCCUCCCCUUGCACCCCGGCCAGGCGGGCACCUGAGCCCACCUGCCCAGUCCUGUCCUGCGCUGGGUGUGUGGAGCCUGCUGGGCGUGUCUCAGCGGAUUCCUGGGGCCCGCCCUGCCCACUGCCGCCCACCCGCCCAGGAUCUCAGAGAGGCCACGGCUUAAAGCUUGGAGCUGGGAGAGGAUCCCCACACCCCAGGAGAAGGAGAGAGGGGCUCACGGUGACAGUGCUCUGGGAUGAACUGGCCUGAGAUGAGGCCGCUGCUGCUGCUGUGUGUGGUGCUGCCAGGCCUGUGGUGCACCCCCCAAGCCUGCUCCAGGGGCGCCUGCUACCCACCUGUGGGAGACCUGCUGGUCGGGAGGACACACCUGCUCCACGCCUCAUCCACCUGUGGCCUGAGCCGGCCUGAGACCUACUGCACCCAGUACGGGGAGUGGCAGGUGAAAUGCUGCAGGUGUGACUCCAGGCUGCCGCACAGCUACAAUGGCCACCGGGUGGAGAAUGUGGCCACAUCAGGACCUGCACGCUGGUGGCAGUCCCAGAACGACGUGAGCCCCGUCUCUCUGCAGCUGGACCUGGACGGGAGGCUACAGCUGCAUGACAUCAGUAUGGACUUCAGGGGCCCACUGCCGGCCGGCCUGCUGAUCGAACGCUCGGUGGACAAGGGCAGGACGUGGAGAGUGUACCAGUACCUGGCUGCCGACUGUGAGGCCACCUUCCCGCAUGUGCGCCAGGGCCGGCCACAGAGCUGGGGGGACGCACGCUGCCAGCCCCUGCCCCUCAGCCCCGGCAGGUGGCCCGACGGGGGCAAGGUGCAUCUCAGUCUGCUGGACUUGGCCUCUGGGGUUCCGGCCACUCGAAGCCAGAAGAUUCAGGAGCUGGGAGAGAUCACCAACCUGAGGGUGAACUUCACGCACCUGGCGCCCCUGCCCCAGCGCAGCGUCUACCCUCCCAGUGCCUACGUGGCCGUCUCCCGGCUGCGCCUGCAGGGGAGCUGCUUCUGCCACGGCCACGCCGACCGCUGCGCCCCCCCCAGCCCCCCGCCCGGAGCACCCCGUGGUCCUGCCAGCACCCUGCAGGUGCACGAGGCCUGUGUCUGCCAGCACAACACGGCAGGACCCAACUGUGAGCGCUGUGCCCCUCUCUUUAAUGACCGGCCCUGGGCACCCGCAGAUGACCAGGACCCCCACGCGUGCCAGAGGUGCGACUGCAACGGCCACUCAGAGACCUGCCACUUCGACCCAGCGGCGCUGGAGGCCAGCGGGGGGGCGCAUGGGGGCGUGUGUGACGACUGCCAGGACCACACGGAGGGCCCCCACUGCGAGCACUGCCAGCUGCACUACUUCCGGAACCGGAGGCCUGGCGCGCCCGCCCAAGAGGCCUGCAUCCCCUGUGAGUGUGACCCGGAUGGGGCGGUGCCCGGGGCCCCCUGCGACCGGCUGAGCGGGCAGUGCGUGUGCAAGGACCACGUGCAGGGGGAGCGCUGCGACCUGUGCAAGCCGGGUUUCACAGCCCUCAGCCAAGCCAACCCGCAGGGCUGCCGCCGCUGCGAAUGCAGCGUCCUGGGGUCCCGGCGGGACAUGCCCUGUGACGAGGAGAGCGGACGCUGCCUGUGUCUGCCCCACGUGGUGGGUCCCCAGUGUGACCAGUGUGCCCCCCUCCACUGGAAGCUGGCCAGCGGCCGGGGCUGCGAGCCCUGUGCCUGUGACCCCCACAACUCACUCGGCCCCCAGUGCGACCAGUUCACAGGGCAGUGCCCCUGUCGGGACGGUUUCGGGGGCCUGACGUGCCACGCCGCCGCCAUCCGCCAGUGUCCCCCAGGCUCGUACGGGGACCUGGCCGCCGGAUGCAGAGCCUGUGACUGUGACUCCCGGGGCACCGAGGGCCGGGUCUGUGACAGGACGUCUGGCCACUGCCUGUGCAGGCCGGGCCUGACCGGGACCCGCUGUGACCAGUGCCAGCGUGGCUUUUGUGACGGCUUCCCCGCGUGCGUGGCCUGCCACCCCUGCUUCCAGGCCUUCGAUGCCGACCUCCGCGGCCUGGCUCGGCGACUCCGCGGCCUUCACAACGUCAGCACCGGCCCCGGGGACCACGGCCUGGCUGCCCGCUUGCGGGAUGCCCGGGGCCAGCUGGAGCAGGUGCGGGCCGCGCUGGGCGGUGCUGCCGGUGCUGAGCGGGACGUGGCACGGCUGCGGGACACCGUGUCCUCCCUCAGGCGGGCCGUCCAUGAUCUGCAGCUGGACACACCCCUGGAGGAGGAGAGCCUGGCCCUCCCAGGAUCCCUGGAGCAAGUGGCCCGGGGGCUGCACCAUCUCCUCCUGCUCUACCAGGACAGGAGAGAGCAGCUCCAGACAGUCAGCAGCACCGACCCCUCAGGUGCCCUCCGGGUGCUGGCCCAGGCCCACCAGCGCUCCUCCCAGGCUGCUCAACAGGUGGCCGACGGUGCCCGCCAGUUGCUAAGGACCAGGGAGAGCCGUCGGGAGGCCGAGGGGCUUCAGCUGGGGGCCAUGGGGACCUCGGGAUCCGGGGGCCCCCAGCUGGCCGCCCUGAGGCGGGAGAUGGCGUCCCUGCCCGACCUGACCCCCUCCAUCAACAAGCUCUGCGGGGGCUCCCGGCAGAUGCCCUGCACCCCAGAAGCGUGUCCCGGAGAGCUGUGUCCUCGUGACAACGGCACGGCCUGUGGGCCCCACUGCAGGGGCGCCCUCCCCAGGGCGGGUGGGGCCCUGCGCACGGCGGGCCAGGUGGCCGAGCGGCUUCGGGGCUUCGAUGCCCAGCUCCAGCAGACCCGGCAGAUGAUCCGGGCCGCGGAGGAGGCCGCCUCGCAGGUGCGCUCCGAGGCUCAGCGCCUGCAGACCCAGGUGGGCGCCAGCCGCUCGCAGAUGGAGCAGGACGUGGGCCGCGCCCAGCAGCUCAUCCAGCAGGUGCGGGCCUUCCUCACAGACCCGGGCACGGCCGCCGCCACCAUCCAGGAGGUCAGUGAGGCGGUGCUGGCUUUGUGGCUGCCCACUGACUCGGCCACAGUGCUGCAGAAGAUGGACGAGGUGCAGGCCCUGGCCGCCAGGCUGCCCAACGUGGACCGCGUGCUGUCCCAGACUCAGCAGGACAUCGCGAGGGCCCGCAGGCUGCAGGCCGAGGCCGAGCAGGCCAGGAGCAGAGCCCACGCGGCUGAGGCCCGGGUGGAGGAGGUGGCCGGCAGCCUUCGCCAGGGAUCUGCGGCGCUGCAGGAGGCCCAGGACACCAUGCAGGGCACCGGCCGCUCCCUGAAGCUCAUCCAGGACCGGGUGGCCGAGGUGCAGCAGGUGCUGGGCCCAGCAGAGAGGCUGGUGAAGGGCCUGGCGCAGCAGCUGGGCGGCUUCCGUGCCCGCGUGGAGGAGCUGGGCCGCCGGGCCGGGCAGCAGCGGGCACAGGCCACCCAGGCCCGGCAGCUUGCGAGGGACGCCAGGCAGCAGGCACUCAGCACCCAGGAGGGCCUGCAGAGUCUGAAGCGCAGAUACACAGAGCUGAAGGCACGGCUGGGGGGGCGCCCUGCGCUGGGCGAGCAGGGAGGCCGCAUCCUGGGUGUGAAGACAGAGGCGGAGAGGCUGUUUGGGGAGACCGUGGACAUGAUGGACAGGAUGAGAGACCUGGAGGAGGAGCUGGGGCGGGGCAGCAGAGCCGUGGUCCUGCGCUCAGCUGACCUGGCGGGGCUGGAGAGGCGCGUGGAGCAGAUCCGGGACCACAUCAACACACGCGUGCUUUACUAUGCCACUUGCCAGUGAAGUCGUGCGCCCUGCAGGCCUCACUCACCCACCUCACCCAGCCUCUCACUUGCCAGAGGGGCCCAGGCCCUCACCUGAGACUCAGAGCCUGCACUGCCGUGGGCUGGGCAGGUGUGUGCUUGGUCUUCACCUGGCACGCUGGGUGAUCAGUCUGGGGUCAGCCUCCAUGAGGCCCAGACCCGAGGUGGCCUUGUCGUCAAACCAGAGACCCUGAGGAGGGAGCCUGUCCGCCCGUCUGCCCUCCGGCCCGCUCUCCAUCCCCAGCCUGAGCCCUGUUCCUCGAACCCCUGCCCUGUGAAGCAAUAAAAGCUCAUGUCAGCA